AUUUCAUCAAAAUUCCAGGCUAAAACAAUCCAAUGUCACACCUCAGCCGUGGAUGCUUGAGAUGUCGUCAGCGACGAGUCAAAUGCGAUGAAGGAAGACCUUCCUGCCAGCGUUGUAUCAAACGCAAUGAGAUCUGCGAAGGCUAUCGCGAUGAGGCCAGCAUCGUAUUCCGCUACGAGACUGAAAGGGUAAUUGAGCAGGCCAGCAUAGUCGCGUCAACCUCAUCAUCUACUACUUCCGGACGAAGCUCUAGACGAAGGAGCCGAUCUACUGACAAUAAAUCAAACUCGAGUAGAUCAACUACAUUUGUUGACCCUUCAGACCUUACGGAAGAGGAAGUCGCUAGUUUUAGAUUACCAAACCGUCUUUCGUGGACCAAGACUACCCCAGUCCAUUUACGGUCUACCCCUGAAGAUGAGGCAGUCAAUCUCUUUCUUGACAAGUACGUCAUGUAUCCAUGUGCCGAGACGUCCUCGCCUGGGUUCCUCGAGCAUCUACCAUGCUUGUUCAAAGAUGUGAAUGUAGAGGGCCGGUACGCGUUACGUUGGGCUGUCCGAGCUGCUGCUUAUGCCGACCUGGCCAAAGCCCAGAAUACCGAUGUCCUGGCUAAGAAGGCUUUUCAUUGCUACGGGAUGUCGCUUUCAGCACUGGGGGAGUCUUUAUCAUCGCAUGGCAAAAUUCCCGAUGAUUAUGACUUAAUGGCUGCAGUCAUGUUAGAUAUCUUUGAGACUUUCUUCAUCGAGGAGCCUACGAUGAGGGGAGCUCAUGCUCAAGGCAUGGCACAGAUACUAAGACUGAGAGGCUCUGACCAAAUCUACAGCCCCCGUGGAUGGAGCCUAUUCAGACUCGCGCACCACAGAGUUCAAAAACAAUCAUUAGCUUUCAACCUCAAGCCCCUCGAUGAGUCGAAACAAUGGAUUGACCAAUUGGAUGACGACGUGACCUCAGUCCGUUUGGAAAAGGAUGCCUUUCGGAUCAGCCAGACGUGUGAACGAGGAAGGCAGUUGCAGGAGGCCCUAGCUACUGGAAAUUCCUCGACACUCGAUGUCCUCGAAGUAGUGCACGAGUUGGUUAAGCUAGAUCAAGAAGUGGUUAGCUGGCGGCAAAAGCCCGAAUGGUCCUUCAAGACACUGAAUGUGUCUGAAUUGCCUACAUUCGAUCCUUUAGUAAAACCUUUAACUAACACUGUCCAACUUCAUGCGGAUCUUUGGAUGGCAUACGAGUGGAAUUACCACCGCACGGCACGUAUCAUCGGCCAUCAGCAGAUAUUGAACUGUCUAGAGACGGCGGCGGAGACCUCCGAUCUCAUGAAAGAGAGCCUAGACAUCCUAAUCGAGCAGUUCACUAGUACAAUACAGUUACUUGCCGACGAAGUUCUGUCAACUGUGCCUCAAACCUUCGGCGACAUCAACAGUCUAGGCCAUUUACACGACCACAAGUCCGGCCCUCCACGGUGCCGAGGGAUAGGGGGAUACUUACUCCUGUGGCCUAUCAAGAUCAUCAAAGGGGCACAAUUCGCAACGACACCGGAGCAAAAGCAGAACGCCCAAAUAGUCUUCGAACGGAUCCGCGAGUACACCGGAAUGAAAUCGCAUCUCGGAUCUCUGAGCGUAAUAUGACACCAAUACCUAUUCUACAUCCUUAUAAA